AUGCAUGGCUGUGUGGUAUCCCAACAGAACACCCCUCUCCUCUCCUCCCUGGCACUGACGGCUACACACCCCUCCUCCCUCUCGACCAUCUAUCUAACCUCCCUGCUUACAUCAUCCCUCCUCCCCUCCCUUCUCACUCUGAACACAUCCCGCUUGUCAACUUCCUACAACAUGCUCGCUUCCUUCCUCCGACGCCGCGACAUCGAGACCGUGGUACCGACACACGGCCCCUUCUUCGCUGCUAAACUAGCAAAGAAGACUAGGACAGGAGAGGAGGAGAACGCUUUCUGGAGGGAGUUGGAAGGAAGAGGUGGGAUCAAGGUUGCGCCUGGGCGGGCGUUCAAUGGGGUGGAGAAGGAUGGGGGGUGGGCGAGGGUGAAUUUUGCGGUUAGGGAAGAGGUUAUGCAGGAGGUGGUGGGGAAGCUGGAGGAGUUCUUUGGGGGGAGUGGAUGA